ACCACGAGAUCAACCGUCAUAAGGCUACAGACACUGCCAGCCAUGUCCUGCCUCUAAAACUAAAAUAACUGUUUUAACGCACACGACAAGAUCAGACUUCUAGCUCCCUUUUUUGUAAUUGACUACUUAUAUAUUUAUAGAGAUAUAAUUUUUUUUUUUAACCAGAAGGAGAGAAAAUGUCUUCCCCAGCGCAGGAGAGGAGACCUGGCGUUCAGCUGGUGAGCGCGCUGCUGCUGCUGCUUUCGCUCUCCGGUUGUUCAAGCAUGGACGUGCUCGUGCCCAGUCACAUAAAUGCACUGAAUGGAACAACCAUCAAAAUACCCUGCUCAUUCACCUCCUGCUAUAAGAUGGACGCCUCCAGGUUUGCCAUGAACUGGACCUACCAGGAAUCUCUCAAUGUUACAGAGGAGAUGUUUAUGACAUACUAUAGGAAAAAAGGAGUGGUGCCUGUGCGGUCAGACCAGUUUGGAGAGAGGGUCAUAUUUGCCGGGAACCUGGAUAAGAACGACCUGUCAAUCACCCUAUCAGAUGUGCAAGUGGAAGAUGAGGGGAUUUACAACUGCUAUGUGAAAAACCCCCCAGAUCGCAACCAGGGGCACGGUGUCAUACAGCUCAUUGUUGUCACAGAAUUGCCUCCUCCAAGGGAUUCGACCAUUGCAGUUGCGAUUGGUGCAUCAGUGGGCGGAGCAUUAGCGCUGCUGAUCCUUUCCAUGGUGGUGGUAAAGUGUCUUCGUCGACACCGGAAACAGGAACUGAUUUCAGAGGAAAAAAUGGAGGAGGAGGGGAAACUGGAGACCGAAGCUCUUGCAGAGGAGGGAACCAAACAACCAUAGCUGGAUCUUGUGAUGGGACCAGCGGACAUUAGAGAUCCUGCCCUCAACACCUCAUCUGACAUCUGCACCCCUUCCUGAAGAUCUAGAGUUAACCACUCCUCGAAUCGUUGCCCCCUAAUACCUCCAUCUCUUCUGCAUGUGUGUGUGAGAUGCACACAAGUGCUUUUUGCGUGUGUGUACUGAAUGGUGAAUGUGUCUUAUGCGUGUUUGCAUAUUUCUAUAUGUCUGUGUGAGUUGUGACUUGUUCCUUGAAAUAAGCCAGGGAGUACUAAACACAUUUUACUUAACUUCAAGUUAAGGUCAACAGCAUUAGAAGUCUUUCUUUUCACACAGAAUGCCAUUUUCAUAGCGUGAUGUACAACAGGGUAGGGUUGGGCGGUAUGACCUAAAAUGUAUACCACAGUAUAUUUUGAAUUUUUGUACAAAAACACACACACACACACAUGUGGAAUUUCACUUUGACAAUUUCAACAUAUGUGAUUUUAAAUUCAGUGCAAAAGAAUUGUCUAUAGAGCUUCAUACUUAAAGUGGAAGUUAAAACUAUGUCUACUAUCACACAUUCAGUGUGUCGUGUGUAUGUCUUACAUUAGCUUCACUAUCUUACACAUCCAACGUUUUGGGUGAAAAGUUUUGUUGUAGCACAUUGAUCCAACUUUUUCUUUAACAUUGCCUUAAAGCCAUGUCUUUAUACUGCCCGUACAUGUGCCAUGUUUUAACAUAGAAGCAGUUUGUACAAAUGAACUGUCCUUCUACGGCCAAGGACAGCAAAUAGUAACUCAGCAAAGCCAUGUUUACAGUUGUCAUCGUCUACCUGUGUCUUAGCCAGAAAACCACUUAAACAUUCCUUACACCCGGACUUUUGACAAAAAGAAAAAGUCGCUCUGCGUUCUAAAUCCACUGUUAGUUCUAAGUGUAUUCACUAGACUCCUUCCAGAGCAGACAUUCUGAUUUGUCACAGCGGGAAAAGCACAUGUGCUGCUAAUCAUAUUGACAAUGGCUCCAUGUCCCAGUGACACAGUAGCUGUGUGAGAAAUCACUGCCUAUUUAUAUACUGUAAUAAUGAAAAACGUAUGCACUCGAUCAAACACUCAAAUAUUUCCACAGCAGAAUAAUAAUAAUAAAAAAACAUACUAAAGUGUCACUUCAAAGAUAUCGCCAUCACCACCAGUCACUGGUUACUCACAAAGAAUGAUGUAAAGUGUUUGGAAUUUCUAUAUAUUAAUUCACUAUAGACUAAAUGAAACUCAGUGGAAUUUUGUCGAUUUCAUUAUUUACUUUUUUUUAUCCUUUUCACCCAACUCUGUCCUCUGUCGGACAUCCACAUCCACUUCUUGUGAGCUGUGUAUUGUAGCAUAAAGCAAAGUAGUACACUAAUGCUUUCAUUGUCCUGUCAGCAAACUUCAAUGGAUGACUGCCCUGGUUUCAAAAUCUUUAUAUUUCUACUGUAUGUCAUACCGUCCACUCCUACGAUAAGAAUUAGCUGGAGCCUGUAUAAUAAUUACAUGUUAGAGCUCAAAUUGCAGUUUCUGAUAUUUACGGGGUUCAAAUAAGCAUCAUGAGCAUCAUAGCAAAAAAAUAAAAAAUAAAAAAUACUUCAGAUGUCUAUAACUGCCAUACAUUGCACAUUAAUUAGCACAUACACAUACAGAAAAAGAAAAUCGGCUAAUCGGUGACAGUGUGGAGCUUUUUCAUUAUGAAUUCUUUAAAUGCAAAACUGAUUGCAACCACAAUUGCAGUUCAUGCCAGUCUCAGUCUUUAUUAAUAUUCAUUGUAGAAUUUAAUGAAGGUUAUUCAACAGAGACUAAGCACACACAGACAACAGUUAUUACCCACCAAUAUUACCCAGAUCACGAGUCCCAGAGGACAGACAUCAGAAAAUAACAUCACAUCAGCCACAUUAACGUACAAGACAAACACUGGGUUAUUGAUCUAAUUUAGUAACUGAAGCAUGUACUGCCAUGAAUGCAUGUAAAACAUUGCAUAUCAAAGAAGAAAAAAAAUGUAAUAUAAUGGUGAAAAACAUCAUUAGGUCUUUUAAUUUAAUGCAGUGUGAGUCAUGCAUGUCCAAGCUUUGACUUUCUGGCUCUAUUCAUCAAACACUCAAUCAAGAACUGAUUCAGAUUUAUUUAUUUUGGUGGAAACAUAGGCAUAUGUUUGUAAUAUUGAAUUUGUCAAGUCAGAUUUAUUUUGUCACACUUUAAUAUGUUCUGUAAUACAGAAAUUAAAGCUACAAUGCGGAACUUUCAGCUCCCCCUUCUGGAAGUGAGAGUUAUUACACAAACAUUGUCAAUUUACCUAUAGUAUAUAGUCCCUCAGUCUUUUGCUUUGUAGUUUUGGAUAUAUUUUGUUCCAAUUCAGGGAGUAAUUGAUACAAUAUUUUUACAACUGUGGUUCCGUUUUGCGUUCACAAGGCAAUCAAGACAAUUCUGACAUACCCUCGACACUGUGCGCUUACAAACAGUUUAGUGAUUGGUCUACUUUUGCAGGUUUCAGGAUAUUUAGGAAAUUGAAAAACAAAAAAUGAGCAACAGCAGCCUGUGGCAUUGAUUGCUGAUCUGUGGUUUAUGCGGCAAUGUCCUGGAUGUGGGCAGCAUGUUCAGUUAGAUUGAAAAUCUAGCCAAUGUGUUCUGUAUUUAAAACAAACAAAUCAUAGAGUCAUAGAAAUGCUCAAAAAAAAAAAAAAAAAAAAACUGAAAGAAAAAACCUUCAUUUCAUCCUUCCAGACUCAUUGGUUACAUUUGUAACUCUGGUUUCUCUGCUGGUUCAGUUACUAUACUUAACCCUUCUCCAGUUCUGCCAAACAAUAAUUGCAAAAAUGCAUCACUACCGGUGCACGAGGACAGGACUGACACCGCACCACGGUAACCUGAAGCCGACUAUCUAACUUGUUUGGCACGGGCUGGAAUGUAACAGACAUCAUGUAUAUGUUCAAGUCCUGCACUGUAGCUUUGACAACUAAAUCUGUUUAAUUGAACAUAUGCUUCCAUACAGAUUCUGACAGGAGUUCUACCCUAUUUUAUUGAGACAGAAAAAAAAGAGAUUCUGAAUCCUUGCACCUCAAUACAUACACUUUUAAUGUGUAUAUAAAAACUGAAUAAUAUAUAACAUAAAUUUAACAAUAAGUCUCCAAAGUAAUGCCUUUACCUCAACUGUUGUAUGUAAAACUAUAGAUAUAGUUUACACAUUGACAUCUAUUCUAAUAUAUUUAUAGUGGCGAGCAUGUGACUAUAAUGGAUGUGAGGAGAACGUAUAAAUUACACGAAAUACGUCAAGAUGGUUGUAAUUAUGUUGGUUGAAGCACUUUGAAUGUUUUGAAAAAAUGUUCUUAUUGUCACUAUUUAAUGUCCAUGUAGCAUGUGAGCUUUACUAAUCUCUGAAUGUCGAAUGAUGUUUUAAUUGUACUGUGAUAACAGGCCAGCUGUGUCACAAAGGGAUGGUUAGUGCUUCCAAAUUUGGGGGCUUGGCCCGCCCUGGUUUCUGACUUCGCUAGAAACCGUGCACAUGCUGUGUUUAGAUCUUAGGCCUUAAUUUGUUUUACAUUGUUAUUUAUGGUUUUAUAAUUUGUAGUCCAACAUUAAAAGCACAUCUUUAGCAUUACAAUGACAUUGUCACAGUUCUAGCUUCUAACUGCAGAGAUGUUUGGUUGAAGAAGCCCUAAAUCUGUCACAUUUCCUGGGACACUGCUGUCUGUGUGUAAUCAUGCAUGUUUAAGUUGCAGGGCUCGCAGACCCAUAAAGUGAUGGCAGAUUAACAUUUGGGGCAAAUUUAAUUAUUUUUCUACUUUUAUUGAUGCCAUAUAUAUUAUUGUACAAUGUGUGUGCUGUAACUGUCUUAUCAGAGAGAAAAAAUGGACAUAAUACUAUCAUGUACUAGACCUAUCAUUGUGCAUUACCAUUUGCCAUCUCCAGCUAUGAAUUUGCCCUGAAUAGUUGCUGUUGUAUCACUUUAAAUAUUAGUGGAGACCAAACCAAUGCUUGCACUGUGCUGCCUCUGAACAAGCAGCCAUCAUUACAUUCUGUAUUUUAAAUAAAGAUUCAACUCGA